UACUAAUAUAUAUAUAUCUAUAUAACGAUACAGUGACGCUAUAGCCUCAACCAUAUAAAAGAUGGAAGCUUUCUGCAUACUUACGUUUUAUGUCAAAUAUAUACUUAAACAUACAGUAUAUUUUCGAUAAAACGUAGUAAAAAUAAUAAGUAUCGCACUAACUGAUUGUUGUCUUCGGAGCUUCAAAGCAAGUUUAGGUUUUUAAAAUCGGUUCCGUGAUGGACGUGAGAAUAUGUAACCGACAGCAAUUACAGACAGCACAUUACGUUGUGUUACUUUGUUUACCCGGAGAAGGCGUGAAACACGGUGCAUUGUGAAACUACAUUUCCCAUAGAUCUGGGGACCGCGGGUUUAAAGGUCAAACAAUAAGGAAGUUCAGUGUUAAAAUCCAUCCAAGCUGCUUAAAAGUUCACGUUACUCUAAUUGGUUUUUACACAGGAUUGUUUUUUUAUUUUAAACGUGUUAAGUUCUUGUCUGCUGAAGCAGUUCUAGUGUCGUUAUGGCUUGCUGUGCAGUGAACACGCUCAGCAGCGCUGUCGGCCUUUUCAUUCAUUUGAUUUGUUAAACCAGAGAGUGUAGUUUUUUUUUAAUUUAGAUUCUGAGGGAAAAAUCAGAAGCAGGUUGGAACUGCCUUGCUGACAUGAACCUGACAGUGUUUUUUGUGGUGGGCUUGCUGGUCCACAUUGUGUUCUUCAUGUCCAUAUUUGACAUCUACUUCACGUCUCCCCUUGUCCACGGCAUGACCCCGCAGCGCGUGCCCCUUGCACCACCUGCCAAGCGCCUUGUACUGUUUGUGGCAGACGGCCUCCGAGCCGACAGCUUGCUGCAGCCCAAUGCCAAUGGGACGCGCAGGGCUCCUUAUAUAAGGAACAUAAUUGAAGAAAUGGGGAGCUGGGGUGUCUCACACACACGAGUUCCUACGGAGUCGCGUCCAGGCCAUGUUGCUCUGAUCGCGGGGUUUUAUGAAGAUGUUAGUGCUGUUGCUAGAGGUUGGAAGGAAAAUCCUGUGGAGUUUGACUCUGUGUUUAACGAAAGCAGGAAUACCUGGUGCUGGGGAAGUCCAGACAUCUUGCCCAUGUUUGCUAAAGGUGCCAGCGGGGACCAUGUUUACACUCACAUGUAUUCUGCAGCGAUGGAGGAUUUUGCUGCCAAGGAUGCCUCCAAACUGGACACGUGGGUUUUCGAUGAAGUCAAGGCUUUCUUCAGCUCCGCCAAAGGAAAUGAAUCUAUGCUUGCAAAGUUACGGCAGGAACAGAAUGUGUUUUUCCUGCAUCUGCUGGGAAUAGACACAAACGGCCAUGCACAUAGACCCAUGUCGAGUGAAUAUUUAAAAAAUGUUGAAAUCGUUGACACCGGUGUUGAAGAGGUGGUCUCUAUAGUUGAAGACUUCUUUGACAAUGACGGGAAAACGGCUUAUAUUUUUACAUCUGACCACGGCAUGACUAACUGGGGCACCCAUGGAGCUGGACACCCUUCUGAAACACUCACCCCUCUGGUGGCUUGGGGGGCUGGGGUCCAGGGGCCGCAGAGGGUCGCCACCCAGCACUUUGACGAUCGGUAUCUACCAGAGUGGCGACUAGAAAAUGUGAAAAGAUUAGAUGUCAGCCAGGCAGACAUAGCUCCGUUGAUGUCCUCUCUAAUUGGAGUGCCCAUUCCUCUCAAUUCUGUGGGCAUCCUACCUUUGGAGUACCUCAAUAACAGCAAAGUCUUUAAAGCCGAGAGCAUGUAUGCAAAUUCCCUUCAGAUUAUGGAGCAGUUCAAGGUCAAGAUGGCUCAGAAGAAAGACACUACAUUAUCUGUUCUUUUUACUCCAUACCAAUUGCUGACUGAAUCCAAGCAGCUGGAUUUCAUUCAGAAAGCGAGAUCCCUCAUCCAGCAAGGAGAAUAUGAUGAAGCAAUCAGUGUGUGUCAUGCCAUGAUAGCGCUAGCAACAGAGGGGCUGACCUACUACCACACCUAUGACCGCUUCUUCCUGGGCUGCAGCGUGGUCCUGGGCUUUGUGGGCUGGACCUCCUAUGUCGUCCUCAUCAUCCUGAAGACCCACGCUGGCCUACGUAAACCUCGUGCUCCUAGAGAUCUGACGACAAGCAAGGCUCCUGGGCGAAUCUUUUUCUCUGUGGCACUGGGAAUCACCCUGUUCCUGCUGGUGCAGGCAAGCCCCUGGACGUACUACAUUUACUGCCUGCUUCCAGUGCCUAUCUGGUACUCUGUGGUCAAAGAGGCUGGAACUCUUUCUGACUUGAUAAGCUCCACUCCGUCACUGCCUUUAAGCAAAUGUUUUGGGUACUUUCUCCUGGUCAUACCUGGCAUCGAGCUGCUGGUUGUUAGCUUUUUCUACAGGGCUACGUUAACCGUUGGACUCGCCGUGCUCUCUGGGUGGCCACUUUUCUCCCACCUGUACACUAAAACAAAGGCCUGGUCAUUGGCCUGGACCCUGGUCUGCUUGCUCUUGGCAGCCUUCCCCAUGAUGCCUGUGGUGGGCAGAGAGCCUAGUGUCACCUUGGUGAUGUGUGCUGGUGCUCUGACUGUCCUGACCUCGGCCUGCUUCCUAUCAGUGUCACGGACACGCGGUCCUGUGCAGAGGAGAGACCGUCAGCUCUGCGCCUGUCAGAUGGUGCAUGUGGCCCUGUGUGCCUACGUGGUGAGCAGCACCCACAGCAGCCUCAGCCAGAAGCAGGGCCUGCCUUUGUUCAACCAGCUGGUCAGCUGGAUGACGCUGGCCUCAUUGUUUGUAGUGCCUCUGAUGAGCUCCACCCGCCUCUUCCAGCGCCUGCUGAGCAUCUCCCUGUCUCUGGUGUCCACAUACCUCCUCCUCAGCACAGGCCACGAAGCCCUCUUUCCUCCAGUCCUAUCAUUACUGAUGUUUGUGUGGAUCAACCUGGAGCAGGAGGCUACGCAUACUCAAGGUGUCUCCUCAAAAGUGGAGCUCUCCAGCUUCGAUUUCUCUGACAGCAUCGACAUAACCAAGAUCAGGCAACUGAAGCUCGACGACAUCAGACGGUCGUACUUCUUUAUUUUCUUCAUUGUAACGGCCUUCUUUGGCACAGGCAACAUCGCCUCCAUCAACAGUUUCGACCCUGCUUCAGUUUACUGCUUUUUGACUGUGUUUAACCCUUUCGUCAUGGGAGCGCUGCUGAUGUGGAAGGUUUUGAUUCCAUUCCUCAUUGUAAUGUGCACGUUUGAGACCAUCCAGGUUUCAACACAGCUCUCCUCAAGAAGCCUUUUCCUUAUUGUCCUUGUCAUCUCUGACCUGAUGGCUCUACAUUUCUUCUUCUUAGUUAAAGAUUAUGGGAGCUGGCUUGACAUCGGAACCAGCAUCAGCCAUUAUGUCAUUGUCAUGUCCAUGACCAUCUUCCUGAUGCUGCUCAGCAUUGUGUCACACAUCCUGACAUCCAGAAGAAUACAUGUUUGCAGGAAGAUGAAAAUGCACUUCCCGUGACUGCUCCCAUCACUGGAUCACUGGACAGCUGGAUCACUUCGCAUUCCCCUCUAUGCAGUUUUUAGUAAAUUAUGUGAAUGCAUGCAUCAGUUUUUCAGGUGGUGGACUGGUGUCCUUUCAGGGUGUACCCUGGCUCAUGCGCCAUGGUAGUAGGACAGACUCUUGACCACUGUAACCCUGCAAUGGACAAGUGAUCAUUGAAUGAAUGAAUGAACGGACAUUGAUGUAUUGGGCGUAAUGUGCACUGAAAGAACUGUACUUGUACAGUUCCUGGUUUUUCGUUAGUACCAAAAACAGGUAAGUGGUGGUGUAUGCUUAUUUUAAAAGUAUUAACAAGGUAUAUGGGUAUAUGUCAUUGGAUUCUGGGAUUUUUGUGUAAGCCCCCACAAACUUUUAAAACUAAAAGGAAAUGGGCAGGAAAAUGAGCCCCCAUUUGCUUUCUGUUAAUAUGGGUCUUAACACGUAUAUUGUGGGCUUUAUACUAAACAGUACUUUAUGAUGUCAUGUUUAAUUUAUAUGUUUCCUGUCACAUCAGAAUGGGCAGUUUCAUGUGUUUAAAAUGCCAGUUGUAUUAACAUUUUAAUCUGAGCUGCCCAAAUGGUUUAAUGCUUUUCAAGAGGUAUAGCAUAUAGGGAGAAAAGGUUUUUUUAGGUGAACUUGGGGUUCUCUUUGCAAUACAGUUAUAAAUUCUAUCUUAAUAUGAUGG